UUUUCUCCUCACUUUCAGUUGCAGAGAGCACGUAGACCGCGCGAAUUUGCUUCAUCCAUGUCCCGAUUUCAUGGAAACAUGUCGAGCUCAGGAAAUCAAUCGACGAAGUGCUGGUGGUGCUUAGCGCUUGCAGCUCUCGCGAAAUUAGCAAGGCAUGGUGAGUGCGCCUCAUAGACCGUGUGCUUGCUGAUGUGCUCAUAGACAGUGCGCCGAGAGAGCCUAUGGACAGCGUGUUGCGAAGGACCACUCAGGCAAAGUUUCGUGUGCUCAAUCUCCAUAGUACGCGUAAUCGGCUCUUCCAACAACCAUUUUCAUGAACAAGAAAGUGCAGGUGCAUCGAUUAGCUCUCUCCUAGACGCUUUGCUCUGUGCUGCUGGCAGGCUCAGGCAUUCUAACCCAUCGAAACAACGCCAUCUAAAGCCCAUCUGUACAACGUACUGCUGGAGAUGCAGUUUAGGGUGCAGCCUUUGCUGUGGUGGAAGAAAUCGGAUUCGAACGUGCCCCAGCCGACACCAAUGCAUCGUCGCCGUGUUGCUAAGAUCUUAUUAGUGCUCACAUUGACAUGUACGGUGUGCUUAUCUUCAAAAGAUAAAUCGCCCAAACUAAAGACAAAAUGUCCUAUGCUUGAACGCUGUUCAUGCAAUUUGAAGAGGGGAGGCGCCGUGGCUCGGUGCGAGAAUAUCUCCAAUGUGACCGAAAUCGAUUCUGACAUGGCCAAGCUGCAAGGCGUCUUCUUGACAAAGCUGUUGUUAAAGGAGUCCAAAAUCGCCGAUCUUCCAGCCACCUGGUUUCGAAACAACAGGAUGAUGUUUCUAGACAUCUACAACUGCGGUCUGCGCGACAUCAAGGAAACAGCGAUUAGUGGUAUAGAAUACCUACUGCGCUUACGACUGGAUAAGAACGAGCUAGAGAGUGUUCCCGGUAGCUUGAGCAUCGCAAAGCGUUUACUUUGGGUAGAGGUCAGAUGGAACCGGAUUAAGCACCUCGAAGGCACUCUGAGGCUGCUGGAAUUGAAGGAGCUUGACCUCAGCUACAACGAAAUUGAGACGAUCAGCGAAGAUUAUCUCCAGGGCUUACCAAGCCUCCAGAACUUUCUCUUGACCUCCAACAAGAUCAAGCACCUGCCGCGGAAUCUUUUCAGAAACACAACGCAGUUGAAAACGGUGAAGCUUAGUAAUAACCAGCUUUCCUCGAUAGACGGUUUGUUUGAUCGACUGCACCGCUUGGAGGUUCUUCACCUCAUGCACAAUUUGAUACGUGACGCCGACAGCCUUUUCAAAUCGAAAUUGCCCAACUUGAAGAAAGUUCGUCUCGACGAGAACAACUUAAGUGUCAUUACCAAAUUCGCACCAUCAAACUUCCGAAUAAGAGAGCUCAAUUUGCGCCACAACUCUGUCACAGAGAUAGAGUCCAGAGCUUUUAUGCCUCUUACAGACUUAGUCAUUCUAUAUCUAGGUCACAACAACCUUUCAUUUGUGAACGAAUCGAUUUUCUCAUUCAGCUCAAAGCUGGAAUUUCUAAAUUUGUCUAGAAACAAGCUAACUACUCUAACGGGAGCGUUCAAUCGUGUGCGUCAAAUCAGGGGCUUACAACUCUCGUUCAACCGUAUAGAUAACAUCACUGGUGUCUUGAAUGGGCUUAGUUGGCUGCGAAAGCUCUCCUUUAGAAACAACUUGAUCAGUUGCGUUCCGGAUGGAACGUUCAGUGAUAACAGCAAUUUGCUGACCGUUGAUUUGGCUUCAAACAACAUCCGGUGGCUAGGAAGGGAUGCUUUCAAGGGGCUCUUAACACUUCGCAACCUGCGCCUGCAGAAUAACCAACUACUUUCUCUCAACGGGUCAGUGAGAGGUUUGCCUAAACUGGAAUACCUGGGCGUGUCUUUCAACGAGCUACAGGUGGUGGAAAGUGGGGAGCUUGAAAAUGACGCCUCUUUGACCACCGUCUCUUUCGCAAAGAACAACAUCAGCAGUGUCGAAGGCGCAUUCACCGGUGCCACGGCCUUGCGGACCUUGAGCCUCGCCGACAACCGAGUGAAACGACUGCUAAGAAAAGACUUCUCGCCCGAAAUGUCAAGUGACAUGAUCGUCAUACUCGACAACAAUCCCUUGAUCUGCGACUGCAGACUGGCAUGGCUCUUGCCCGAGAGCAGCGAAGUUCGAGUGGUUGAGUAUCCUAUCUGCGACGGACCAUGGUGGCUUAGAGGAUGGCCGCUCCUGAACCUAACAGAACGAGAUUUGCUCAGACGGGAAGAAGGCUGCGACUCAGGCUGUCGCUGCGAGUGCCACAAGGCUUCGCUUGGCCCAGGAUCGAUUGGUGUCAACUGCUCGUCGGUCCCAAUGGGCCGCAUUCCCAAGGCGUUUCCUCGAGGCACAACUGAAUUGGACUUGAGCGGAAACAGGCUCAAGCACCUCGGCGACUUCGGCACAGAGGCACCGCUAGAUUUGCGAGUCCUGUCAGUGAAAAACAAACUGCUUGAGAGCAUCAACGUGACAGACAUUCCCGAAGGCGUGAACUCCCUCGACUUGAGUGGCAACAUCCUGCGCCACCUACCAUACGACCUCGUAACACGUGGCAGGCUCACUUCCUUAUGGCUGUCUGGAAAUCAUUUUACUUGUGACUGUGCUGACUACAGCUUCAGGGGGUGGAUUCAAGCUCACCAAAACGUGAUACGGGAUGCAAAAGAUAUCAUAUGUGCCGAAAGCCCCAACCCAGGCGUGUCUGGAAAGGCACUUCUUACCUUAGGAGAGAAGGACCUUUGCCCAACCGUGGUGCCAAGAGGGACAACGUACCUCCUGCUGUCCAUGGGGCUCCUGGCGAUCCUUCUGGCUCUAGCGGCAACCUACCUGCACAAGAAGCGGAGGCUCAACGCCUGGCUUCGCGACUGCAGCUUCUGCGGAUUGUCACGGUGCAUCUCAGAGGACACGGACAAGCUUUUAGACGUGUUCGUCUCCUUCAGCAGCAGGGACUUCGGCUUGGUGCAUGACGAGAUCCUUCCGCUACUGUCAGCUCACGGGUUCACGUACUGCACGUACGAGCGCAACUUCAAGGGAGGCUUCCUCCUGCAAGACAUCAUUCGCGAUGCCGUCGCCUGCUCCAGGAGGACGCUGCUCGUCUUGACCAAGAACUUCGCGUUGAGCGAAUGGUGUCGCUGGGAGUUCCGGUUCGCCCAACAGCGCGCCCUACUGGACCGCGUCAACCUGCUGGUCAUUGUCUUGGUGGACGAGGAGGCAUUGGACGCCUUGGACGAAGACCUGCGCCAGUACGUGCGCGAAGCCAACCAUUUGCGCUGGGGCGAGCCCAACUUCCAGAAGAGGCUGCUGCAAUCGCUGCCCAAGAGGAACGCGAGGAGGAAGCUCAUAGGCGACAGCCAGGGAUUUGCGCCGAACACCGCGAUCGACGUUGUUAGCACCCAAGAUGCGGAGCCGUUUUCUCAGGGGACGUAUCUCACACCCGGUCCGCAAGGACAGUGUUUUAGCGUCAACUCCGAGGAAAUAUCACUUUGACUACUUUGAAUAAAAAAAAUAUGUUGCGUAUAAUAAGGGACAACCAAUCU